AUGGGGGUUUCAGAUGAUGAUAAUAUUCUGUUUGAAUAUGAUGACGAUGUAGAUAACGAUGAAUCAGAAAUUUCUUUUGUCUCAGAGGACGAAAAUGACGGAAACAAUCUUGAACCUCCCAACAAGAAACUGAAAUCUACUUACAAUGGGAACGGGGUUGAUGACGAUUCUGUUGUAGCUGGCUUUAAUGGAACUAUUUAUAGACCUUGGACAUUUGAAGAAUUCAUAGAACAACGUUUUUUGAAUCCUUUGAAGAAGUUGGAAAAAGUACAUUUGAAUGGUUGUACUGAAGACGAUUUAUUAAUCAUGUUACAAUAUAAGAAAUGGAAUCUGGAUGAAGUGAUAAACUCUUUUUUUGAAUCGCAUGAUAAGCUUAUGGAAAAAUGUGGGUUACCAGUGGGGAAGCCAUCAAACAACACGUUUGAAGAGGUUGACAACUAUGAUUGUUUUAUCUGCUGCGAGCUGUACCCGAAGACAACUGUUUAUUCGUUGACGUGUGGUCAUCAAUUUUGUUUCAGCUGUUAUCAACAAUAUAUUGGGAAUGAAAUUGUACGGGGAGAGCUCAUCACAUGCAUGGAUCCAGAAUGCCACUACACCAUACCUCACAGAGAUAUCGAUCAAUUUUAUGCCCCAAAAGACAAGGAAAAGAAUUUGAUUGUCACUGUUAAAUCUUUGUCAUCCAAUCCUUUGUUGCACUCAGCUGCUCGUUAUUUGGUGAAUUCCAAACCAAAGUAUACCCAUUGUCCUGCCACCGACUGUACCAGUUUUGCAGAAAUAUUGGAUGACUUCAAGUGUUCUUCGUCUCAACUAUUCACCGAGAAAUCUUCUGAUAGGAAUGUGGAUUUGUCUCGAGUGCCUAUUAUUGGUUGCAGUGAGCAUCACGAGUUUUGCUUCAAUUGCAAGUAUGAAAACCAUUUACCGUGUCCAUGCUGGGUAAGCAAAAGGUGGAUCAAGAAAUGCAAUGACGAUUCUGAAACUGCUCAUUGGAUUGAUGCAAACACCCAUAGCUGUCCUAAAUGCUACUCUUCUAUUGAGAAAAAUGGAGGGUGCAAUCAUAUGACGUGUCAAAAAUGCAAAUACGAAUUCUGUUGGGUGUGUUUAAAGGAUUGGUCUGAUCAUAGAAAUAACUAUUCUUGUAAUCGUUUCCGAGACUCGAGGGUUGAAGAUCAAAUUAGGAAGAAUAGAAGUAGACAAACAUUGGAAAGAUAUUUGCAUUUCUACAAGCGAUACUUCAUCCAUGAAAACUCAAUGAAAGGCGAUCAAAGAAUUUUGAAAAAAAUUGAUGAUGUGACUCGUCUUUACAUGGAAGAUAGACGUGAAAAUGGCCUGACUUAUUUAUCAUGGAAUGAUAUUCAAUUUUUGCCCGAUGCAAUGAAAUCUUUGCAAAAUGGUAGAAAGACUUUAAAAUGGACGUAUGCCUUUGCUUACUAUUUAUCCAAGUCCAAUUUCUCAGAUAUUUUUGAGUUUAACCAAGAUUUUUUGAAUAGAACUGUUGAAGAUUUAUCCGAGAUUUUUGAAAAGAUUAUGGACAAGAGAAACAAAAACAAGGUCGGCACAAUUUUGAAGAACAAAGCAAAGAUCAUUAAUUUGAGUGAAUUAGUCAACGCCAGACGAACUACUUUAAUUGAAAGCGCUGAAGAGAACUUACAGAAGGGUUUGUUGAGUUUUCAACCGUAG